AGCAUUUGGAUGUCUUCUUCGUCAAGAAGUUGCUUAUUUUGAUCGACCUGAAAACAGUUCAGGUGCGAUUUGUGUUCGUCUUUCUUCUAAUGCACUAGCCGUUCAAGAGACAGUGGGUAUACACUUAGGAACCAUUUGCGAAGCUCUUACAUUGUCAGUUUUUGGAAUUCUAUUUGGAUAUUUCAUAAGCUGGCAAUUGACAGUGAUCACUUCUGUGCCUCUUGUUAUUCUACUCGCUGUCACCUAUGGAAAUAUAUACUUACGUAUAUCGUUGAAUCAACAAACAACUCUAAUUCUUGGACGAGCAAGCACUGUAAGAUCAUACUUUAGCUGAUAAUUUUCGAUUUUGUUGGAAAAGUUAUUUUGUUCUCACUUGCUUGAUAAGUUUAAUGCAUCCACCAUAUUGAUUCUGUCAUAUACUUUUACAGCUUGCUGUUGAAGUUAUUCACAACAUGCGUACAAUAAAACAGUUGUCCAUUGAAAAGGAAAUAUUAAGAAAAUAUUCUGAAAUAAUUUAUGAAGUGCCUAUGUUAGUCAAUUGAGUCUUAUAGGUUUAAAAAUUAUUAAUGAAUCUUAUUAUGUUAUAGAUUCUCUUGGAAAUUUUUGGUGCUACCUUCAACAGCGUAUGGUAUAUUUUGGAUACUAGAUAUAUAUACUUUGGCAUUUAUGUAUUGGCGUGCUCUGGCUUUAGUUGAAAAGAACGAGAUCACCUCGAACAGUGUUAUAAUGUAAUUAAAACUACAGUUUGGUAAUCUAGAGACAAAGAUUCAUUAUCUUUUCAAUUUAUUAGGGUCUGUUCGCUUGCUGGUUUUUCGAUUCAAGCACUAAGAGUUGUCGGAAUGAAGUGACAUUUUUAUUCUCGAAGUUUGAGUUUUUCCUUUCACAGUCUCCAUUCUAGAUCUUGGCGUGUUGCUGCAUCAAUCUCAGCUGCUGAAGAAUGUUUUGAUUUAUUUGAUCGAAAACCUGCUAUCGACAAUACAUCUGGUGAAGGACAAGAAUUGGUAAGAGAAUAUGGAAGACAACUUAUUUUGUUUUAA